AUGGCGGAAAGCUGGCCAUCUCGACCUAGUCUCGUUCUCGUAACUGGUGCUACCGGUUUUAUCGGAGCGCAUAUUGUGGAUAGUCUGCUGUCUCGCGGCCUCAAAGUUCGCGGUACCACACGCUCAGUGCAAAAGGGAGAGCAAAUGAGGAGUGCUCGGCCUCAAUAUGCCUCUCAGCUUGAAUUCGUCCAAAUAGGCGAUAUAGCAACCAUUGGUACAUUUGACAAUAUCAUGGAUGGGGUAGACGCUGUGAUACAUACCGCAUCACCAGUCACGUACGAUGUUCAAGACAACGAAAAAGAGAUCAUCACGCCUUCGAUCAAUGGCGUCAAGUCUAUCCUUCAAGCCUGCAACCUUUCUGGAAGUAAAGUGCGUCGACUAGUACUUACUUCAUCAUUCGCAGCCGUCGUUGAUGUCACCAAAAACAACACUUUUGGCCCGGAUUUUACUUAUACAGCCUCGCAUUGGAACCCGCUCACAUGGGAAGAAUCAGUCGACCCAGCAACAUCAGCGGUCGUUGCGUAUCGAGGCGGGAAAAAAUUCGGAGAACUUGAAGCCUGGGAUUUUGUAGCUCGCGAGAAGACUUUCGACCUAGUUACUUUCUGUCCUCCCAUGGUUUUUGGGCCAGUGGUGCAUCCUCUAUCAGACCCCUCGCAACUGAAUGACUCAAACACGAACCUCUGGAAGAUUGCUCAGGGCGCAGAUCCUCUUCCGUCAGCUCGCGUUCCAGGAUAUGUCCAUGUUGAAAACCUAGCAGACGCACAUGUUGAAGCGUUGCUAAGGCCUGAAGCAGGCGGGAAGCGUUAUCUUGCGGCGGAUAGUGAGCCCUUUACCUACGAGAUGGCAGCCGACAUUAUCAAAGAAGAGUUUCCUUGGGCACGGGAAAUCGUUACCAAGGAUUACGACAGUGGUAAAGAGCCAGUGGCGAAAUAUCACAUAGAUGGAGCGAGAUUAACUACAGAGCUUGGAGUCAAGUACACACCAUUCAGAGAAGCGGUCGUCGAUCUGGUUCAACAGAUGUAUGAGCUUUCAAAAGCCAACUAA